UAUGCGUAUACAUAAUACGUGGCACAUGUGAUGAAGUAGGUUCUGUAUUUAGAUGGAAUUUAAUUCCGUUGGAAUUUGGAACUCUGUUCUGACAUUCAAAUCUCUCCCAAACACCAACCAAACAUGAAGAUAAUGGUGGCCGUAAAGCGAGUCAUCGACUACGCCGUCAAAAUCCGAGUCAAACCCGACAAAACGGGUGUGGAGACCCAGAACGUGAAGAUGUCGAUGAACCCAUUCUGCGAGAUAGCGCUGGAGGAGGCUCUAAGAAUCAAAGAGGGUGGCAUGGCCUCUGAGGUUGUGGCUGUCAGUAUGGGUCCAGCUCAGUGCGUCGAUACGCUCAGAACUGGACUGGCUAUGGGCGCUGAUCGAGCUAUUCAUGUCGACGCCACUGGACCUCUCUAUCCACUCUCUGUUGCCAAGCUUUUCAAGGCCCUUGUGGAACUUGAGAAACCUGGUCUUCUCAUUCUCGGCAAACAGGCCAUAGAUGAUGAUUGCAAUCAAACAGGGCAAAUGGUAGCAGGGCUGCUUGGUUGGCCACAGGGGACCUUUGCUUCAAAGGUAGUGCUAGAUAAGGAGAAGCAACUGGCAACAGUGGAUAGGGAAGUUGAUGGUGGUCUUGAGACCUUAUGUAUGGACUUACCAGCUGUAAUCACCACUGAUUUGAGGCUGAAUCAACCUAGGUAUGCAACACUCCCCAACAUAAUGAAAGCAAAAUCAAAGGUCAUAAAGAAAUACACUCCACAGGAAUUAAAUGUCGAAAUCAAAUCCGAUUUAGAGGUUCUUCAGGUCACUGAACCUCCUAAGAGAAAAGCAGGGGUUAUAGUUUCUUCUGUGGACGAGCUCAUUGACAAGCUUAAAAAUGAAGCUCAUGUCAUCUGAUUAUUUGAUAGCUUCUUGAUUAGAAAAGCUUUGUACUAAUCAGUUGCUUCUCACCAAAUGUUAAAUGUUGAUGUAUUGACAAAAAUGCAACUACAAAACAAAGCUGAAAGCUAUUUUAAUAAAAUUUCAUUUUGUUAUAUAAUCUAUGUUCAAUGAAUUUCAUGUUUUCUCA